AUGGGUGUCCCCAACGGAAGUUCGAGCAACGGCCACGUUAGCGCAGCCAAAUACAACAUCCCCUCACAUUUCAUCGGUGGAAACCACCUGGACGCGGCUCCUCCCAGCAGUGUAAAGGAUUUCGUCGCCAAUCAUGAAGGUCACUCAGUCAUCAGCUCGGUUCUCAUCGCCAACAACGGUAUUGCCGCCGUCAAGGAGAUUCGAUCGGUCCGGAAAUGGGCCUACGAAACAUUCGGCAACGAGCGUGCCAUUCAGUUCACGGUCAUGGCCACACCAGAAGAUUUGCGGGCAAAUGCGGACUACAUCCGUAUGGCUGAUCAAUAUGUCGAGGUACCGGGAGGCACAAAUAACAACAACUAUGCGAACGUCGAGUUGAUCGUCGACGUGGCUGAGCGAAUGAACGUUCAUGCUGUCUGGGCCGGUUGGGGUCACGCCUCCGAAAACCCCAGACUCCCCGAGUCUCUGGCUGCUUCGCCCAAGAAGAUCAUUUUCAUCGGCCCCCCCGCCUCGGCUAUGCGUUCUUUGGGUGACAAGAUCUCCUCCACGAUUGUUGCACAGCAUGCCAACGUCCCUUGCAUUCCGUGGUCAGGCACAGGCGUGGAGGACGUGACAAUUGACGAGAACGGAAUUGUCACCGUUCCCGAUGAGGUCUACAACCGCGGCUGCACUUUCUCUCCUCAGGAAGGUCUGGCGAAAGCCAAGGAGAUUGGUUUCCCAGUCAUGAUCAAGGCUUCGGAAGGUGGUGGUGGUAAAGGUAUCCGCAAGGCCGAGCGGGAGGAAGAUUUUAUCAGCCUGUACAAUGCCGCCGCCAACGAAAUCCCCGGCUCUCCGAUCUUCAUCAUGAAGCUGGCAGGCAACGCCAGACAUCUGGAAGUCCAGCUGCUGGCAGAUCAGUACGGCAACAACAUUUCCCUAUUCGGCCGUGAUUGCUCCGUCCAGCGUCGUCACCAGAAGAUUAUUGAAGAGGCCCCCGUCACUAUUGCCAAACCCGUCACCUUCCAAGCCAUGGAGCGCGCGGCCGUCAGCCUGGGCAAGCUGGUCGGUUACGUCUCUGCCGGUACCGUCGAGUACCUGUACUCGCACGCCGAUGACAAGUUCUACUUCCUCGAGUUGAAUCCUCGUCUUCAGGUUGAGCACCCCACCACCGAGAUGGUUUCCGGUGUCAAUCUGCCUGCCGCCCAGCUCCAGAUUGCCAUGGGUAUCCCUCUGCACCGUAUUCGCGACAUCCGUCUGCUCUACGGUGUGGAUCCCAACACGUCUUCUGAAAUCGAUUUUGACUUCUCCAACGAGGAGAGCUUCAAGACCCAGCGCCGCCCUCAGCCCAAGGGACAUACCACUGCCUGUCGUAUCACCUCUGAGGACCCUGGUGAAGGAUUCAAGCCCUCCAGCGGUACGAUGCACGAACUGAACUUCCGCAGCUCUUCCAACGUCUGGGGUUACUUCUCCGUCGGUACCGCCGGUGGUAUCCACAGUUUCUCCGACAGCCAGUUCGGUCACAUCUUCGCCUAUGGCGAGAACCGUUCCGCCUCUCGGAAACACAUGGUUGUUGCGUUGAAGGAGUUGAGCAUCCGUGGUGAUUUCCGCACCACAGUCGAGUACCUGAUCAAGUUGCUCGAGACUCCCGCCUUCGAAGACAACACCAUCACCACCGGCUGGUUGGAUCAGCUGAUCUCCAACAAGCUAACUGCGGAGCGUCCCGAUCCCAUCGUGGCCGUGCUCUGCGGUGCGGUGACCAAGGCUCAUUUGGCCAGCGAAGGCGGCGUUGAGGAGUACCGCAAGGGUCUCGAGAAGGGUCAGGUCCCCUCCAAGGAUGUCCUCAAGACCGUCUUUCCAGUGGACUUCAUCUACGAAGGCGCGCGGUACAAGUUCACCGCCACAAGGGCCAGCUUGGACAGCUAUCACCUGUUCAUCAACGGCUCUAAGUGCUCUGUUGGUGUGCGUGCGUUGGCUGACGGUGGUUUGCUCGUUCUGUUGGACGGCCGUAGUCACAACGUCUACUGGAAGGAGGAAGCUGCGGCGACCCGCCUCAGUGUCGAUGGCAAGACGUGCCUGCUGGAGCAGGAGAAUGACCCCACGCAACUCCGUUCGCCUUCACCUGGAAAGCUGGUCAAAUUCACCGUCGAGAACGGUGAGCAUGUCAAGGCCGGCCAGCCUUUCGCCGAGGUCGAGGUUAUGAAGAUGUACAUGCCCUUGAUCGCGCAGGAAGACGGUAUCGUGCAGCUCAUCAAGCAGCCCGGUGCCACUCUGGAGGCUGGUGACAUUCUGGGUAUCUUGGCUCUGGAUGAUCCCUCUCGCGUCAAGCACGCGCACCCUUUCACUGGUCAGCUGCCCGAGAUUGGUCCUCCUCAGGUGGUCGGCAGCAAGCCUCCUCAGAGAUUCUUCCUCCUACACAGCAUCCUUGAGAACAUCCUUCGCGGAUACGACAACCAGGUCAUCAUGAAUGCCACGCUCAAGGAACUGGUUGACGUUCUGCGCAACCCUGAGCUGCCCUACGGCGAAUGGAACGCGCAAUCCUCGGCUCUGCAUUCCCGCAUGCCCCAGAAACUGGAUGCUCAGCUGCAGAGCAUCGUUGAGCGGGCGCGCUCCCGCAAGGCCGAAUUCCCAGCCAAGCAGCUGCAGAAGACCAUUGCCCGAUUCAUCGAGGAGAAUGUCAACCCUGCCGAUGCCGAGAUCCUCCGAACCACACUUUCGCCUUUGCUCCAUGUCAUUGAUAAGUACAUGGACGGCUUGAAGGCGCAUGAGUUCAAUGUCUUCAUUGGUCUGCUGGAGCAGUACUAUGAGGUCGAGAAGCUGUUCGCCGGACGUAACAUCCGUGACGAAGAUGCCAUCCUGAAGCUCAGAGAGGAGAACAAGGAGGACAUUGGCAGCGUUGUGCAGACCGUUCUGUCCCAUAGCCGUGUUGGCGCGAAGAACAACCUGGUCUUGGCCAUCUUGGCCAUGUACCGCCCCAAUCAGCCCGGUGUUGGCAACGUCGGAAAGUACUUCAAACCCAUCCUGAAGAAGCUCACGGAACUCGAGUCGCGCUCUGCGGCCAAGGUCACCCUCAAGGCUCGUGAGGUUCUCAUCCAGUGUGCCCUCCCAUCUAUGGAGGAGCGCCUGUCUCAGAUGGAGCUUAUCCUCCGCUCCUCCGUCGUCGAGUCUCGGUACGGAGAAACCGGCUGGGAUCAUCGGGAGCCAGAGUUCUCCGUCCUGAAGGAAGUGGUUGACUCUAAGUACACCGUCUUCGACGUCUUGCCCCGCUUCUUCGUCCACCAGGAUCCCUGGGUCACUCUGGCUGCUCUCGAGGUCUACGUGCGCCGCGCCUACAGGGCCUAUACCCUCAAGGGUAUCCAAUACAACACCUCUGCAGAGGUGCCCCUGCUGUCUUGGGACUUCACUUUCGGCAAGCUCGGUCAGCCAGAGUUCGGCUCCGUCAACUCUGCUCAGCUGUCGACUCCUAGCACACCGACCACCGAGUCCAGCCCCUUCCGCAGGCUCAACUCCAUCAGUGAUAUGUCCUACCUGGUCAAUGACAGCAGCAGCGACCCUGUCAGAAAGGGUAUCAUUGUCCCCGUCCAGUACCUGGAGGAUGCUGAGGAGGUGCUGCCCAAGGCUCUCGAGGCGUUCCCGCGUGCCGGUUCGAAGAAGAAGGCCGGUGAAAAGGGCCUUCUCGCCGAUCUGGAGGGCAAGCGCCGCCCCGCUCCUCGCAUUGAGACCGACAAUGAGUUGACCGGCGUGCUCAACAUCGCUGUUCGUGACCUCGAGGAAAUGGAUGACAACCAGAUUGUUGCCCAGGCCAGCGCUCUGCUGGCCAACUUCAAGGAGGAGCUGCUUGCUCGUCGUGUCCGCCGCGUCACCUUUAUCUGUGGCAAGAACGGAAGCUACCCCAGCUACUUCACCUUCCGAGGACCUAACUACGAAGAAGAUGAGAGCAUCCGUCACAGCGAGCCCGCCCUGGCUUUCCAGCUGGAACUCGGCCGUCUGUCUAAAUUUAAAAUCAAGCCCGUUUUCACGGAGAACCGCAAUAUCCAUGUCUACGAGGCCAUCGGUAAGGGUCCCGAGAACGACAAGGCUGUCGACAAGCGUUACUUCGUCCGUGCCGUGGUGCGCCCCGGUCGUCUCCGUGAUGACAUCCCUACUGCCGAGUACCUGAUCUCCGAGGCCGAUCGCCUCAUGAACGACAUCCUGGACGCCCUCGAGAUCAUUGGCAACAACAACUCCGAUCUCAACCACAUCUUCAUCAACUUCUCCCCCGUUUUCAACCUGCAGCCCCAGGACGUGGAGGAGGCCUUGGCUGGUUUCCUCGAGCGCUUCGGUCGCCGUCUGUGGCGUCUCCGUGUCACCGGUGCUGAAAUCCGCAUCCUCUGCACGGAUCCUGCCACUGGCAUGCCCUACCCUCUGCGUGUGAUCAUCACCAACACCUAUGGCUUCAUCAUCCAGGUGGAGCUGUACAUUGAGAAGAAGUCCGAGAAGGGCGAAUGGAUCCUCCACAGCAUUGGCGGUACCAACAAGCUCGGCUCUAUGCAUCUGCGCCCCGUCUCCACCCCGUAUCCGACCAAGGAGUGGCUCCAGCCCAAGCGUUACAAGGCUCAUCUCAUGGGCACACAGUACGUCUAUGAUUUCCCUGAGCUGUUCCGUCAAGCUUUCCAGAACAGCUGGGUCAAGGCUGCCUCCAAGAUUCCCUCUUUGGCCGACAAGCGCCCCCCGGUCGGCGAGUGCAUCGAGUACAGCGAGCUUGUUUUGGAUGACACCGAUAACCUGGUUGAGAUCUCGAGAGGCCCCGGUACCAACACUCACGGUAUGGUUGGUUGGAUUGUGACUGCUCGCACUCCUGAGUACCCUCAAGGCAGACGAUUCAUCAUCGUGGCCAACGACAUCACCUUCCAGAUUGGUUCCUUCGGUCCCCAGGAAGACAACUUCUUCCACAAGUGUACUGAAUUGGCCAGAAAGCUUGGUAUUCCCCGUAUCUACCUUUCUGCCAACUCUGGAGCCCGUAUCGGUAUGGCCGAUGAGCUGAUCCCCUACUUCUCUGUGGCCUGGAACGAUCCCCACAGACCCGAGGCAGGCUUCAAAUAUCUGUACCUGACGCCCGAGGUUAAGAAGAAGUUCGAUGCUAGCAAGAAGGAGGUCAUCACGGAGCUGAUUCACGACGAUGGUGAGGAGCGCCACAAGAUCACCACCAUCAUUGGUGCCAAGGACGGCUUGGGUGUCGAGUGUCUUAAGGGCUCCGGUCUGAUUGCUGGUGCCACCUCCCGCGCCUACGAGGACAUCUUCACCAUCACCCUGGUAACCUGCCGCUCCGUCGGUAUUGGUGCCUACCUGGUCCGCCUCGGCCAGCGCGCCAUCCAGGUCGAGGGCCAGCCUAUUAUCCUGACUGGUGCACCUGCCAUUAACAAGCUGCUAGGUCGUGAGGUUUACACCUCCAACCUGCAGCUUGGUGGCACUCAGAUCAUGUACAAGAACGGUGUCUCCCACAUGACUGCCACCGACGACUUCGAAGGUGUGCAGAAGAUUGUUGAGUGGAUGUCCUUCGUUCCUGACAAGAAGGGUGCCCCUAUCCCCAUCCGCCCCUGGUCUGAUGACUGGGACCGCGAUGUUUCCUACUACCCACCCCCCAAGCAGGCCUACGAUGUACGCUGGCUCAUCGCUGGUAAGGAAGAUGAGGAAGGCUUCCUUCCCGGUCUGUUCGAUGCCGGAUCCUUCGAGGAGGCUCUCGGUGGCUGGGCCCGUACCGUUGUCGUUGGUCGCGCUCGCCUCGGUGGCAUCCCCAUGGGUGUCAUUGCUGUCGAGACUCGCUCCGUCGAGAACGUCACGCCUGCCGACCCUGCGAACCCCGAUUCCAUGGAGCUGAUCAGCACCGAGGCCGGUGGUGUGUGGUACCCCAACUCCGCCUUCAAGACUGCUCAGGCCCUCCGUGACUUCAACAACGGUGAGCAGCUGCCCGUUAUGAUACUGGCCAAUUGGAGAGGUUUCUCUGGUGGACAACGUGACAUGUACAACGAAGUUCUCAAGUACGGAUCUUACAUCGUCGAUGCGCUGGUCAAGUAUGAGCAGCCUAUUUUCGUCUACAUCCCUCCUUUCGGUGAACUCCGAGGUGGAUCUUGGGUCGUCAUUGAUCCCACCAUCAACCCGGACCAGAUGGAGAUGUAUGCCGAUGAGGAGGCUCGCGGUGGUGUUCUCGAACCCGAAGGUAUCGUCAACAUCAAGUACCGCCGCGACAAGCAGCUGGACACCAUGGCUCGCCUGGACGCCACCUACGGCGAGCUGCGCCGCUCGCUGGAGGACCCCUCGCUCAGCAAGGAGCAGCUGUCGGAGAUCAAGGCCAAGAUGGCCGCGCGUGAGGAGCAGCUCCUCCCUGUGUACCUGCAGAUUGCCCUUCAGUUCGCCGACCUCCACGACCGCGCCGGCCGCAUGAUCGCCAAGGACACCAUCCGCAAGGCCCUGACCUGGAAGAACGCCCGUCGCUUCUUCUACUGGCGUCUGCGCCGCCGUUUGAGCGAGGAGCUUAUCGUCAAGCGCAUGGUUACCGUCGCCCCGACCCCCGUCCCCGGCGACGCCUCUGGCGCCCUCCCCACCACCACCCCCGGAAACGACCAACCCACUUCCACCGCCUCCUCCACCGAGAGCCCCCGCGCUAACCACCUGCGCGCCCUGCACGCCUGGACCGGCCUGUUGGACGACGAGCUCGAGCACGAUGACCGUAAGGUCGCCAUGUGGUACGAGGAGAACCGCAAGGCCAUCCAGACCAAGAUCGAGGCCCUCAAGACCGACUCUGUCGCCAACCAGAUCUCCCAGCUCCUCAUUGGCAACAAGGAGGGCGGUCUCAAGGGCGUCCAGCAGGUGCUCAGCAUGCUGCCCGUCGAGGAGAAGGAGGCCGUGCUCAAGUAUCUUGCCUCGGCUUGA